CCCCGCGGCGGGGCCGGAGCGGAGCGGAGCGGGCGAUGGGCAGCCCGGCGGCGGCGUGGGGCGCGGCUCCCGCCAAGCGCGCGCGGUGCGAGGGCUUCGCCGAGAACUCCCGGGGCUCCGCGGCCGACGGCGACCCGCGGCUGUGGGACACGGAGCGGCUCUGCCAGCACCUCUCGCGCAGCGGCGUGGGCGAGCCCGGCCUGCUGCGCCGCUUCCGAGAGAGCGGCGUCACCGGGGCCAUGCUGCUGGACCUGCCCGCCUGCGCGCUGCGGAUCACCCGCGCCUGCCUCCCAGAUGAGAGACUGAAAGUGCUCGCCUGCCUGAACCAGCUGAGACAGACAGUGGACAUCAUGAAGGUUUUUAAUGAUCCAGUUCAUGGGCACAUUGAAAUACACCCUCUUCUUGUUCGCAUCAUUGACACGCCUCAAUUUCAGCGCCUGCGAUACAUUAAGCAGCUGGGUGGCACUUACUUUGUUUUUCCAGGAGCCUCUCACAACCGCUUUGAACACUCGUUAGGCGUGGGCUACCUUGCGGGAUGUCUGGUUCGUGAACUGAAGGAGCGGCAACCAGAACUGGAUAUAACCCAACGAGACAUCCUCUGUGUGGAAAUUGCUGGGCUUUGUCACGAUUUGGGUCAUGGGCCAUUUUCGCACAUGUUUGAUGGAAGAUUUAUUCCACUUGCUCGUGAAGGUUUGAACUGGAAGCAUGAAACUGCUUCUGUUGAAAUGUUUGAGCACCUGAUCACAUCCAAUAAUCUAGAAGAAGUCAUGAAAAAGUAUGGUCUCGUCCUGGAGGAAGACAUGACCUUCAUCAAAGAACAGAUAGGAGGGCCUAUAGAUGAAACAACUUGUGAGAAAUCGUGGCCCUACCGAGGACGACCAAAGGAGAAGAGUUUCCUAUAUGAGAUAGUAGCAAACAAGAAAAAUGGCAUCGAUGUUGACAAAUGGGAUUAUUUUGCAAGGGAUUGCCACCACCUAGGGAUCCAAAAUAAUUUUGAUUAUAGGCGGUUAAUUAAAUUCACUCGUGUUUGUGAAGCGGGAAACCAGAAGCACAUCUGUGCCCGUGACAAGGAAGUUGGGAAUUUGUAUGACAUGUUCCACACACGAAAUUGCCUGCACCGGCGAGCGUACCAGCAUAAGGUUGGCAACAUCAUUGAAAUAAUGAUUACAGAAGCCUUUCAAAAAGCAGACCGUUUUUUUCAAAUAGAAGGCUCUGAAGGAAGAUUGUACCAGAUUUCUACAGCGAUGGAGGACAUGGAAGCCUACACUAAGCUGACUGAUAAUAUCUACCUGGAAAUUCUGCACUCAAGUCGUCCAGAACUGAGCGAGGCACGAGAAAUUUUGCAUAAAAUAGAACGGCGUGAAUUAUACAAGUUUUUAGGAGAGACUCAACCUGAAAAAGUGAAUGAAAUUCCAAAGGAUGAAUAUGAUGGCCUGGCAGCUGACAUUGCUAACUCCAAGCCAGAAAUGGAUCCUCCAAAUGUGGAGCUAACGGCUGAGGACUUCAUAGUUGAUGUUGUCAAUAUGGAUUAUGGAAUGAAAGAUCAGAACCCCAUUGAUAAUGUUCUCUUCUACUGCAAGGCUGAUCCUUCUAAGGCCAUCAAGAUCAGUAAAGAACAGGUUUCAAGGCUUUUACCAGGGACCUUUUCAGAGCAGGUUAUCCGGGUUUAUUGCAAGCAUCAGGAUCAGGUUAUUGUUUCAGCUGCAAAACAAUAUUUUGUUCAGUGGUGUAUAAACAGGGAUUUCACCAAACCACAGGAUGGUGAUGUGAUUGCCCCUCAUCUGACUCCACUGAAACAAAGCUGGAAUAACAGAAGUGGGGAUGAAUACGUGACAGCUUCAGAACCCAGCUGCAAGCAGAAGCUUUCUUUCAAUAAGUAAUGCGUUUCCUUUUGCACUAUUCAACCACCUGCUUCAGAAGAUGGGUAGCUCGGAGCAGAGCAGCAGCUCUUUUAAAAUGCAAUCUAAUGAACUGGAAAAAAAAAAACAGAGCAAUGCAGCAGUGCAUUUUACAAUACAGUGGUUUUAUAUGUGUGCACUUAAACUAAGUGCGUGUUUGGAUUGAACUUCUACAAAACUAACAGAUAACCUGUUAUAGCAAAGCAAACUCAGUUCUCAUUUAUUUUUGAAUGUAUUGGUACUGUUGUAGCAAGAGGAACUUCAUUUGAAAAAAUAUUCAUCAUAAUGACGAGAAGCGCAGUGGAUUUGUUACUGCUGCUUCUUGUCCUGAUCCCUUCUGAAGGUAAUUGCAAUGUUACUAGAGCUGGUAGAAAGACUUCCAUCUCUCUUUUAAACUUUAUUAUUCCACCACCUCUUAUUUUUUGUAAUGAUCUUUUUAAAAAAGAUGACUUUUCUGGUGUUCAGAAAGCCCAUCGGGAUGCAGGCCUCUUGCUAUGAAAGUGACCACACGACUUUUAUUGAAGUAACUCUGCCUUGCAGUGACAAUGCAGCAUUUUACUGUUUUUAUAAUGCAUUUUUGAUACAUUGAAUGUAACUUUUUUUUUUACUGCUGCACUGAACUGCAAAAACGACUCAAAAGCUCCGUGGUUGGGGUGCUUGCAGGAAAGCAGAGCUACGUGGCUGUUGGUCAAGGGUUGUGCUCAUGUGCCUGGUUCUUAGCGUGGCAGUGGGCCCUGCAGGUGCUGUGUGUGGUUCUGCUUUUCCUUGCACCCAGCUCACCUUGUUUCCGCAUUUCAAUGCACUGGGUAGUCACAGGCUCUUCAGAAACCCUUGGAUUAUUGCAUCCCGUCCCUGUUUUUCUGGCUCGAUGGUUGCUGUUCUGGAGAAUUUUUUUCUAUCUCCCUUAUAGGACAAUAAGGGUUCUUACAAUCUACCCUAUGGGCAGUACUAGUGCGAGCGUUGUUAAGUGUCUGUCCCAUCAAAAAGCAAAUAAGGAAGACUUUUCCCCUGUUUUACUCAGGUCCAAGGAGUUCUAUUUGAAGUCUGCUUUCAUUAAGUGAAGUUAGUUAAUAAAAACCCACCCUCAAAAUUAAAACCACGAAGUGUAAUAAUGCUCAGAAAUUGGAAAAGAGCUUUGGAUUUUUGUAUCUGAAGCGAGAAAAUAGAAGUUCAGCAUUCAGUCUUGACAGCCAAGCUUUGAGACUAACACGAGAAGUUGCUGUGUAAGAAAAUUGUGUCCCUUUUCUGCUGUCUGAUUGUUUCCUUUGUCUGGAAGCUGGUGGUUGUGAGGCAGAUGUAAGGAGAGGGGGUAUUCACCCGCUUUCCAGAUGCGGUCUGAAACAACGAGAAGUUGUUCUGCACUCAGCUGCUUGUGAACCUGUGUUUAAUGGUGAUGCAGCACCGCCUCUGCUCUUCCUGUCAGUAAGAGUAUUUCACAUCUGCAGUGUACCAGGUAACUGUUGAAAGGUGGAGGGACCUUUAUAAAAGCUUUUGAAGUACUUGUUUUAUGGUUGAAGGAAUAACAUUGUAGAGUGAAGGCAUUUAUCCCCAUUAUCUACGUGAAAUCAAGUAUUGUUCCACAAUAAUGUAAUUCUAUCGCUGUUCCUUGGGUUUGUUUUGAUGCUGUUACAAAAGGUGCACUUUAUAUUUGGGAAAAGCUUUCUGCUCAAGCUUAAGCAAAAACUAGUACUUACAACUUAACAUCUGGUAGACUUGAGACAAAGCGUUUCUUUUUCUCAGACAUGAUAAUCUAAGCCUUUCUGUGCUAAAAAAUAAAUUAAUAAACAAUGAUUUUAAUAUUCUUCUAA